GAAACGAGAAAAAAAUAGAAAGACAAAAAAGCAGAGGUCCACGUUGAAGAAGGGGAUAUUCUGCAUCAGAGAGAACGAGAGGCAUGACGGUGGCGGAGGGCGGUUUGGUUGCCCUUUCCAGGUUGCCUCCACCCCUUAAACCUCCCCAUUUGCUUUCGAAUUCUCUGUGCAAGAGGCACUCCUCCAAGCAGCUCUCUUCCCGCCACCAAACUCUCAUUUUCGCCAGAUGUUCAGGAAAGGGAUGUCAAAGCACAUAUGAAAAGUGGUUUGGGGGUUUUCUGCAAACAGUUGCUGCAACUUGGGAUGGCAUGGCAAGAUUACCAACUUGGAAUAGUCUCCAAGACAAUUUCAAUUUCGUUAUUAAUUAUAUACUUUUCCUCGGCAUGCUUGAUUUUACUUGUUAAUCAUUUUGUUUUUUGUGUUGUGUGUGUGUGUGUGUGUUGAUGUGGCUCUUAUAUUUUCCCCAGGAGUUAAGUUAUGAUGCUUGGAAGAACUACGGAGAUAUUAAAGAAUCAAUGCACAACAUAGAUGGAUCUUCUUUGAUGAAUGAGUUGCCCUGGGUGAAUAACAUUAGAGGGGACGAUAUUGUAGCUGCCAAUGUAUCAGUUUCAAAUACAAUUAAGAAUUUCAUAAAGUUUAUGUUACUUUUUGCGUUGUUCACAUUUCAAGGUUCUCUACCUGCGCUUGCUGGUUCGGAUGUCGCUAGUGGUUUGCAGUCAAUUCCUUACUUAGGAGACUUUGGUGAUAUUAGCAGAGGUUUUGCUUCAGCAUUCUUGCUGAUAUUUUUCUCAGAACUAGGGGACAAGACCUUUUUCAUUGCGGCACUUUUAGCUGCUAGGAAUUCUGCUGCUGUAGUAUUCAUUGGGACUUUUGGUGCACUUGCGUACGUUGCUCUGCUCAUUCAGGGGCAAUGACUAUCAUAUCUGUUGUCCUUGGACGCACUUUUCAUUAUGUUGAUGAAAUCCUUCCCUUCAGGUUUGGCGAGGCUGAUUUGCCUAUUGAUGAUAUUGCUGCAGUUUGCUUGUUGGUUUAUUUUGGAGUAUCAACAUUGCUUGACGCAUCUUCAAGCGAGAGCCAAAAGGCAGAAGAUGAACAAAAAGAGGCGGAGCUAGCAGUUUCAGAAUUUUCAGGAAAUGGAGCUGGGAUUUUAGCUGCUGCAAACACUGUCAUAAGCACUUUCCUCUUAGUUUUUGUUGCUGAAUGGGGUGACAAAUCAUUCUUUUCCACAAUAGCACUUGCUGCAGCCUCCUCACCUCUUGGAGUCAUUGGUGGAGCACUAGCUGGUCAUGGUGUGGCUACUCUGCUUGCUGUAUUGGGAGGUUCUUUACUGGGGACAUUCCUAUCCGAGAAGGUGAUUGCUUACAUUGGAGGUUCUCUUUUUCUCAUAUUUGCUGCUGUGACUCUGAUUGAAAUAGUGAACUAGAAAAUCCAUGUGUGUUCUUCGAGAUUGAAUUAAACCUGUGAACCCAUUAUGAGAAGAACCUUGAUUUCCAAAUCAAAUCAAGAGUGGAUGCAAUUUGAUGUUUAUGUGUUUUUACAAUAUUAAUCAUCAUCUGAGUCAAAUCUAGAGUUGAAACAUGAGUGGAUGAUUGUAUGCUACUUGAUUUUCCUCUUCUCCUGGGAUUUGUCAUAUUUGGUU